UACCGAGUGACUAACAAGUUCUGGUAUUAUUUGUUCAUCAUCGGGACGGAACUGGGGGAUGAGAUCUUCUACGCAACGUUCAUACCCUUCUGGUUCUGGAAUAUCGAUAGCGCUGUGGGGCGAAGAGUUAUCAUGGUUUGGUCGGCGGUUAUGUAUGUGGGUCAAAGUUUGAAGGAUAUAAUUAGAUGGCCUAGGCCGGGUUUCCCCGUAAGCAGAUUGCAGAAGAAGUGGGGCCUGGAAUAUGGAAUGCCUUCAACGCAUGCAAUGGUCUCGGUGGCGAUCCCUUUUUCGGUUCUGAUCUACACUUAUGAUAGAUAUAUCUUCUCUCUUCCAGCGGGUCUGGCAUUCGCGGUGAUCUGGUGUGCAGUCAUCUGUUUCAGCAGGGUCUAUCUGGGAAUGCACAGUGUGCUGGACAUCUUAGCCGGUUUGGUAUUGGUUGUGACAUUGAUGAUUCCGCUGAUCCCGAUUGUAGACAAGUUGGAUUACAUCAUAGUCACUAGUAGCUGGUCGCCCAUACCGGUGUUGGCCGUUUCCAUUUUGCUGAUUGUGUUUUAUCCCGAUUCCGGAAUUUGGACGCCAACAAGAGGCGACACUGCCCUAACCGUUAGCGUGUGCGCGGGACUUGAAAUCGGUGCCUGGUUGCACUACAUGCUCGGUGAUUUCAGACCACCGGCCAAUCCACCUCCGUACGAAGUCAUCUGGCCAUCGUACGCUAUGAUGGGAAUGCUGCUGCUGCGAACCGUUUUGGGUCUCUGUUGCAUCGUGGCCACGCGUGCCUUCGGAAAGUCUAUUUCCUAUGCGUUUGUGUGCUUCCUGCUCGGGCGUGAUAAGAACGAGCUGCGCCAAUCGGAGAAUACGCUACAGAAUAAGAACAAAAUUAUCGUUGAGCUGUCAUACAAGUUCUUCGCGUGCGCAAUGAUUGGAUUCAAUACGCAAUAUUUGCUGCCGAAUGUGUUCAAGCUGCUGCGGAUAGGGCGACCGGAUUUUUAUACGGAAAUCUGAAAUGCCCAUUCGGUAGAAUAUUUAAUUUCUUACUGCAACAUCACGAAAACAUUCCAUCCGGUAUUUCUUAGAAUGUCGAGUUUCUCAUCUUAGUGUGAAUUUGUUUUUGUAUUUUUUUUUCUAUAGUAGUAGCGCACUAUAAAACUUCAUCCUCCACUAUUUGGCUAAGGCCACGACAGUGUUAAAAUCCUAGAUUAGGCUCUAUGUGAUUACGAUCUUCUUUGGUUUAAGUUUUACGUUCCAUCUCAAAGUAAAUACUAGAUAAUGCACAUUUGCUGGAUUACCGAAAAGUUACAACACAUUUCUAACUCAAAUAGCACAAUCUUCAAUAUCCGAUGAAUUCCCAAUCUUUUCUCAAAUUUCUCACUUUAUAUCCAAUUUUCUAACACUACAAUUGAUCUAGACACAAGAUUAGAACAAGAAAAGUUAAACAUAGCAGAAUUUUAUGAUCAUCGAGGAACAAAAGAAAAACACUUAUCUAGUCCCCAAAAGCGACGAACUGCGACAGUGAAUGUGAAUUCGUUCAACGAUAAAAUGUACACGCGUAAAAUAUUUGAAACAAAAUGGAACCUCUUACACGUUAAGGUUUAAUAAACUUUUGGACAUGAUGUUACAACGCGCAUAAUAGGCCUUAUCGAAAAGAGCUACCUACAGUGAUUUUAAAUCGAACAUGCGAUUUUCUCGUUUCGCGCAACCGAACAAAUAGAAAUGAAGCAACUUCCAUUAGUAUUACAAACAA